GGACUACUUUAUCUGUGACACAGCGUUCAGCCCAAGCCGCUACAGGUGAUAAUGUUGCUCGGCUUUGAUAUUCUGCAGCGCAGAGCAGCGGGGUAAGGUCAACUGCUUUAUUCUAUAUUACAGGCUCUUUUAUUUUACUUUAACUAUCUGAGCCGGUCUGAAACACAACAUAUCGAUGUCAGCCAAGAAAAAACGCCGUUGUUAAGGUCGUAUUAGACCGUGAUGAGGAAAGCAGAAGGUGGUCAUUUUCACUCCCACGCGCUGUUCUCCUUUGCGCACUCAGAGGCAGUUUUUCGAGCAACUUUCCGAGGAUUUCAGCUCUUUUUGUUGCUUUUGGCUUUUUCCAGUAGAACAUGUCGCCUUCACGGACCGUGUUACUUGUAGGAGAGGGGAACUUUUCGUUUUCUGCUUCUGUAAGUCAGUUCAGUGACACAGAGACUAGCGUGACAGCCACCUGUCUGCAGCGUCAGGAUGAGGCACUGCGACACGAAGGAGCUGCUACUAACAUCCAGAUUAUCAAGGACUCAGGUACGGCCUCCUGCUGUUUUUAUUUGUACGUAGAGUAUUGUUUGACAUUUAAAAAAAACUUGGUCUUGUGUGUUAACCAGGAGGAACAGUGCUUUUCGGUGUGGACUGCACCAAGCUGGAGGAGUGUGCCUCUCUCCAGGGCCGUGUGUUUGACCGUGUGGUGUUCAACUUCCCUCACUGCGGGAGAAAGAGUGGGGUUAAAAAGAACCGAGAACUUCUCAGAAAGUUCUUCCUCAGGUAUUAGCACAUCACACCAUCUAAAACUGAAAUAUUAAGCUAUUGCCUUAAGUCUCGGAUGGAUUGUAGUGCAUCAUUAUGUAAAGAUGGAAUCAUCUUUGGUGAUACCCAGAGGUAAAGUUUGGGUAUGAAGCAAGUAUGUCAGUGUAAAUACAAACAAGAAGAUAAGAUAAGUUUGUAAAACUAAUGUGCAAUGGGGACUAAAAUGAACAAUGACAUUUUUGAUGCACUUCAUUCUUUCAUUCUUUUUGAACUCUUUUUAUUUCACUAUUACAUAAGCUGUUGUUGUUGUUGUUUUAAUGUUGCUGCUGUCCCCUGUCUCUCUCUCUCUCUCUCUCUCUCUCUCUCUCUCUCUCUCUCUCUCUCUCUCUCUCUCGCCACUGUUACUCAUGUUAGAUGAGAUGGGCCAAAUCCCAUCUUAGGUUGGGUCCUGAUAAUUCAUCAAACAAUGAGCGUGGUCUAGACCUGCUCUUUUUCUUUGGAAAGCGUCUUGGGAUGACGACUGUUGUGAAUUUGCGUGAUAUAAAUAAUAGUUGAUUUGAAUUUUGAUUUGAUUCUUAAACCAAAAAAACCCUCUUUUUUGUAUCCCAGCUGACAUUUUCAAAUGAUCAAAAAGCACUUGAGUGCUGUUGCGUAAUGGUCCUUUACUUUCUAUUAACAAAACCUUUUACACUUUAAAUAUACUUAAUAAUGAGCAACGUUAAGCUGAAUCUGUGCAAGUGCUAGCUGACAUCAUGAUUAAUAAGAUUUGUUUGUUUUACCAUCAAGAACUGCUGAAUGCUCACAGUCAGUUAUCGAAAUUUAGUUUCUCGGAAUGAUAUUUUCUUAUGGCAACUUUUGUGUGGGCCUUAUUUCACAUUUUGGCGUUCUUUGUAAACAGUAAAUCUUUGUUAAAAAAAACUGUUGGAGAAAAGUUAAAUUAGGGUAAAAAAAAAAAAAAUCCUGUUAUUAUUAGGCCAGCCAGUGCCUGGCCAUUGUUGUUUAAAUUAUUUUAUUUUUAAAUACAGCAGUCAGCCGCUUUUACUUUUCAUGAAAUUAUAAGCUAUUACACAUAUUUUGCCUAUAAUGUGUUGACACGAUACUUAUGUACUUAUAUCUCUAGUUUUACAUUGCACAUAUUUUAGACAAAAUACAAAACAAUUUACAGGAAAAAGUUGUCAUCUAGGACAUCAAAUCCCAACAAGAGUCAAAAAUAGAACCCUUAGAAAAGGGUAAUGUAUAGCUGCAUUUCUCUACACCGAAAUCCACAAUUACAAGAGGAUCAGAACUCAAGAAGAAUUAGUCCUGACCAGUCCUGUUGCCCUUUGGAUGAAACUUUCAAUGACCGACAUCAUACAAAUACAUGACUUACAAUACAUUAAGUGGGUGUUUAUGUAAAUGCAUUGUUAUAACAUAUAUACAUUAUGGGCAAUGUGCAAGAUGUGCUAUGUCAUGAUUUAAUAAUUAAUGUUGUGUGUUUGUUGUAUUUAUGUGCUUCCAGUUGUGUUGAGGUGUUAGCUGAAGAUGGAGAGGUUCAUGUGUCUCUGUGCAACGGGCAGGGUGGGACACCAGUGGACCACCCAAAGCGAGAGUGGCACAACAGCUGGCAGGUGGCUGCCAUGGCAGCAGAGGCACACCUGAUCCUUACUGACGUCCAUCCUUUUGAGAGUGAGAAAUACCAGAGCUACAAGUGCACUGGAUACAGGUAAGGAGCAAAGGUGAGUGUUGAAGUGUACAAAUAGAAGCAGCUCAUUGUGUCCCUGUGUGUUGGUGUGUGUUUGCAUAAUGCUAUCAUUUAAUGAUGGUGUUGCUGUCAUACAGGAGCCAGGAUAAGGGCUUUCACGUGGAGAAAGCUUUAGUCCACGUGUUCACUCGCAGCCUCCCCUACACCUCUGCUCAAAAACUUACAGUAGAGGAGGUCAUUGAGGGGGAGAAACUCCAGUACAACAUACCGGCUGAGCUCAGUGAUUACAUAUUCAGGUAUAUUGCCACAGACACACUCAUUCUGUUUAAGAGGCUUUUGACACAGUGACAUGUUACGUAACCUGAUGUGUACUUUCUUUCCUCUGUCAUCAGGGGGUUUCUCUGCCCAGGUUCUGUGCACCCAGUCAGGUUGGCGCAAGAUUAUAUUAUCAAAGGCCUUGAAGAAAAGUGGUCAGUCUCUAUGACAACUGAGACAAUUCCAUUCCUUCUCACGGCCAAACAGCUACAGGCAAGUUGCUGUGAUGUAGACGGUACUCACCGCUACUGGAUCAACCUUAUUCAGAAAGAUCCCAGCACUGAUGCUGAGACAUCCACAGACAAAGAGGCAGUUACACCUGUGGAAAUUCAGGAACAGACAAGCACACAGGGUGCCUUAUCAUCCACGCGUGUUGGCUCAAGUAAAGCUGAUAAAGGGAGGAGCAAAGGAGCAGAGUGCUUAAGGUCUGCAUGCUCCAUUGAUGUUGAUCCCGAUGAGGAAAGUGGUCUCUUUCUGCUGCGCCCAUCCCUACUCCCUCAGAUAGAAGAGCUUCUAAAUAAAAAAGAGGAGUGGACUACAAAUGUGAAGGGUCUUGUUGAGAGUGAAGGGAGUAAUGUAAGUGCUGAAGAACAGGACAAAGAGGAGCUCUGUGGGGGUUGUAAUGGUGCCCCCUGCUUUUUAUUUGGCAUUAGUGGGCUGGUGUUCAAGAAUGUGCACAUCAAUCUCUGGGCUAUGCCUGCAUUUCAUGAGCUCCUCAUCACAGGCAUUUUUCCUGAGGAGUAUGAGCCAAUUAAAUUACUUGGACAAAAGCUGGAAACACUGCUUGCUCCCCAUGGGGUUUCCCUCAUCACACAAAAUAGGGGUCUGCAUCUAAUGGCAGCAUCACUGGGUUUGAUUGGAAGGGUCUCUGAAGGCAAAGUAUGCAAUAACACAAGCCAUAUCCGCAUCACUGUGUCCCUAAAUUUGGACCUCCUAGCUGUGCUCUUCUUUACACUCCCUGAUUGGCGCAUCCUGUGGUCUCAUGACCAACGCUUUUUAAAACAGUUUGCAUGCUGCCCGCCACCAGGGGAACCCUUUCAGCCAUUCUCCCUGUUUCCCGAGCACUUCAGCUUUGACAUCAGCUUCUGGACAGGGCCGAUAUGGGAGGAAAAGAAGUUUCACGCUGUGGUCCGAGAGGCUAGUUGUGGGACUGUGGAACAGGUGAAACUCAUUGACAAGUUCUCACAUCCUGACCUGAGUCAGACCAGUUAUUGCUACAGACUUACCUACCGUUCGCACACACAUGCACUGUCACACACACAAGCGCUGCUUUUUCAUCAACGGCUGGAAUCGUUACUUUCCACUCAAUUAGAAGUUACUAUCAGAUAGCUGCAUUUAAACAGGGAUUUAAACCUUAGGUGUUAGUUAAUCCAGAGAAAACUAAGUGUAUGAUAUAGGAAACUGUCUGUGAAAAGUGUUUACAGUAGCUGAAGCAGUUGUUCACCGUUGUAUGUAUUUAAAUGUGUUUUAAAAGCCCAGCUCCAAAAGAGUGGCGACGUUGUGUAGAGUGUUGAUAAAACACAUUUUUCAUCAUUUAAACUCUACAUCUAAGUGAAAGUAGAGUAAAAAUACAGUUUAUGGAGUGUUGGUCUAAAAUUUGAUUGUUCUAUUAUAGUUUUUGCUUGUUUAAAUAUGAUGCCAGUGACACAUUUCAAACGAGUUGAAAAGGACGAGAAAAUAUUGAAAAAGAUGCAAAAUGCCAUAAAAAGCACCUGAAGAAUCAUCUCUCAGCUUAUUAGGCUAAUUUGCAACAAGUUAAUAACAUGACUGGAUUGGAAAGAGGCAUUCCUUUGAGGCUGAGUCUUUUACUGGUAAAGAUAGGAAGAGAUUCACCACUUCUUUAUAAAGACCGCAUGAGUAAAAUUACAGCAAUUUCAGAAUCAUGGUCAUCAGCACAAAGUUGCAAAAAUUGGGGGAUUACAUCAAAGACUGUAUAAUAUCAUUGAAAGAAAGAAUCUGGAGAAAUCUCUGCAAAAAAGACUAGGCCAAAAACUAAUACUGUAUUUAUUUAUCUAUUUAUUAAUCAAUUUAUUUAUUACAAAUGUAAAUGUACUGGAGUAAGUCAAAAUGCCCAUUUUCUUCACCAGCCCCUUUUGCCACAUGUUACGCAUGAAAGAAUAUGGCCCUGAUAUUCAGGCCUACUGGUGGCAAUAUAUCGUAUAUGAUUGUGUGGUGGAAAUCUGCAUUGGCUUAAAAUCAGUUCUGUUUGCAGCUGUAUCCACAGAAGCAGGUUAAAACUGUUACAUGCGAAGAGGAAACCAUACACAGACAUGAUCGAGAAACGCAGGCAGCUACUCUUGGUUGAAGCCCAUUUAAGAUGGACUGAGCCAAAGAGCAAAACAAAUCAGUUUAAACAUUUCUUUUGGAAAUUAGGGAUACUGCAUCUUAUUCUCUUAUUCUGCAUCAUCAUAUUCUCUUUUUAAUUACAUUUUACAGUAUCCUGCCUUUUUUGAGAACUGGGCGGCUGUUGCUCAGUGGUAAAGUCAGUCAUCUUCCUAUCAGAGUGUCAGGCUCCUGCUGACCACAUGCCGAAGUGUCCUUGGGCAAGACACUUGGCCCACACUGGCUGGGCCCCAGUGGUGUGUGAUCAGUAUUAGUUAAAAAUUGAUUUGUUCUAUACAUAGAAGCCUUUGCCAUCAGUGAAUGUUAAUGUGGUAUGAAUGGGUGAAAGUGACAUUAAUGUUUAAGUGUUGUAAAUGGUCUGAAGACUAGAGAUUAGCGGCAUAUAAACAUAGUCUGUUUACCAUUUCAGUGGGCCUGUAUGUUCUGUGCAUUUGUGUUCAUUUUAAUUUCAAAAUAAACAAGUUAUUUAUCAUAA